AAAAAAAUGCUUUCCAAGUUUUCUGCAUUAAAUAGUGGUUGGUAGUUAGCUAUUAAUUAAGAUUCAGCCAAUUAGAUAUCAUAUUUCAGAAACUCAAACUGCAUAAAUGAAGAUGUGAAGCUUUUCAGUAAUGGAUAUUCAACCAUAAGCCUCCUUUCCACUUUGAAGAUGGAGCAGAACCAAUUCCUUGCCUUCCCAAUAUUGUUCACCUCCUUCAUCUUCUUCUUUAUGGUUCUCAAGGUACGGAGAAGGUCAAAAACCAACCUCUCCACCACAAAUCUACCCCCGGGACCAAGCAAGCUACCUAUUAUAGGGAACAUGCAUCAGCUUAUUGGCUCUCGACCUCAUUAUCGCCUAAGAGACUUGGCCAACCAAUAUGGUAGCAUCAUGCAUCUUCAGCUUGGUGAAGUUUCCAAUAUAGUGAUUUCUUCACCAGAAGCUGCAAAACAAGUGAUGAAGACUCAUGAUAUCGUGUUUGCUCAGAGGCCUUCUCUCGUAGCUGCUAGUAUUAUAUUUUAUAACUUCUCAGACAUUGUUUUUUCACCUUAUUCAGAUAACUGGAGACAGCUGCGAAAAAUUUGUAUAUUGGAAUUGCUAAGCGCAAAGCGUGUGCAAUCAUACAGAUCGAUCAGGGAAGAGGAGGUAUCAAAUUUGAUCAGUACAAUAACUACUUCUGCAGGGCAGCCCGUCAACUUUAGCAGGAAGCUUUUUUCUUUAACUUAUGGCAUCACUGCUCGUGCUACCUUCGGAAAGAAAUGCAAAGACCAAGAGGAAUUCAUUCCACUUGUUGAGCAAAUUAUAGAGGUGGUGGGAGGAUUCAAUAUAGCAGAUUUGUUCCCUUCCAUGAAAUUACUCCAUGUAAUUAGUGCGCCGAUGUCUAGACUCGUGAGGCUGCAUCGAGAAGCAGACAGGAUCAUUGAAAACGUCAUUGAUGAUCACAGAGCUAGGAAGAAAACAUCAAAGACAGACAGCAAGGUUAAAGAAGAUGACCUUGUUGAUGUCCUUUUGAGGCUUCAGGAGCAAGGAAACCUUGAAUUUCCAUUGACGGACAACAACAUUAAAGCAGUCAUCCAGGAAAUUUUCAUCGCUGGCAGUGAGACAUCAUCAACAACAGUAGAGUGGGCGAUGUCCGAAAUGCUGAGGAAUCCGAGAGUGAUGGAGAAGGCACAAGAAGAGGUCAGAAGGGUAUUUGAUAAAAAAGGAUAUGUGGAUGAAACGGAGAUCCAUGAACUGAAAUAUUUGAAGUCGGUAAUAAAAGAAACUUUGAGAUUACACCCUUCUGCUCCUUUGAUUCCAAGAGAAGGCAGAGAGAGAUGUGAGAUUAAUGGAUAUGAGAUACCAGCCAAAACCAAAGUGAUUGUUAAUGCAUGGGCAAUUAACAGGGAUCCAAAUCACUGGACUGAAGCUGAGACAUUCUAUCCAGAAAGAUUCCUUGAUAGUUCGAUUGAUUACAAGGGGAACAACUUUGAGUUUAUCCCAUUUGGUGGUGGAAGGAGGAUGUGUCCUGGAAUAUUGUUUGGGAUAGCAAACGUUGAGCUUCCACUUGCACAAUUUCUGUAUCAUUUUGACUGGAAACUUCCUAAUGGAUUGAAGGCUGAAAGUCUAGAUAUGAUGGAGUCUUUUGGGGCUACAGUUCGAAGGAAAAAUGAUCUGCAGUUGAUCCCCAUUCUAUAUAAACAAUCCUGACUACCUGCUAAUCAAGCCAAGACUGAGACAGCCAGGAGUUGGCUGUUCUCCCUGUAUAAUUGUAAAGGAUUCUCUGGGUCUUUUCAACUGACUUAAAGAGAGAUGUUGUCCCUUAAAAUGGCUGAAGGGUCAAUUGAUAUUUACUUCCAAAACCUACCGCUA